AUGCCUGCCGACCCCAACCAAUCAGGGCCUUGCGAUGAGGCUGAUGGAGACCUGAAGCAUGUACCGUUUGGCGACAGCAGUGGCUCGUUCUCCUCCUCAUUUUCGUCUGCUGAUAAGCUUGAUGGAACCGAAUCUCUGAUUUCCAAUCUUCGACUCUUUAGUUUUGAAAACAAACGACGCUAUCACAAGUAUGAAGAGGGCCGCUACAUGUUACCAAACGAUGAUAUUGAACAAGACCGAGAGGAUAUGAAACACUCCAUGAUAGUACACGUCUGCAAUGGGGCUUUACACAAUGCCCCUUUGCGCAACCCACAAAGAGUUCUCGAUAUAGGAACCGGCACUGGUAUUUGGGCCAUGGAAAUGGGUGACGACUACCCAGAGGCCGAGAUUAUCGGCCUAGAUUUAAGUCCCAUCCAGCCUGAAUAUGUACCUCCAAACGUACAUUUUACAGUCGAUGAUGUUGAAGCAGACUGGCUGCAUGCACCCAACUCAGUUGACUAUGUUCACGUGAGGAACAUGGCGCCAGCCCUCAAAGAUUGGCCAAGGCUUUUGUCACAAGCCUACAGGGCUCUCAAACCUGGGGGUUGGUUUGAGAUGCAAGAUCUAGUUUUCGACUUUCUCUGUGACGAUGGUACAGUCACGGAGACAUACAAGCCACGAGAGGCAAUGCGCUACUUGACAGAGGCUUUGGCCACUUUCGACGUGGAUGUCAACAUCGCCAGAAACUUUGCAGGUUGCUUGGAAUCAGCAGGCUUUACGAAUCAAAUCCAUGACAUGAGAAAGGUACCCGUGGGAACAUGGCCGAAAGAUCCGGACUUGAGUGCCAUUGGAGACUACUGCCGCGCGGUUAACUACGAUUCGCUUGGAGCAAUCACAAACUUACCUUUCACGAGGGGCUUAGGCUGGUCUAGGCUACGAGUAGAAGUGUUUUUGAUUGAAGUGCGCAAAGACUUGCUCAAUAACUCAUUCCAUCCAUAUCACUACUAUCACUCUUACUCUGGUCAAAAGCCUCUGCAGCAAAAUGAAUGA